UGUGAGCUUUAUCGUUUUGAGGGAUUUGUUGCCGCAUAUCUGAACGCUUUCGCUUUCACCAUUUUUGUGUGCCAUUUCCCCGAAAGCGGAAUUAGCUUGUAGCUCAUACCGAUAAAAGGACAGCAGCGUUCAGUAUAGGACGAUCUAACAAAGUGCUGACAUCAAAACUGUCCGGCGGGUGAAGUUUGCUGGUCGUUACUUUUGUUCGCCAUCAGCGCAAAUGUGAUUCCAGUGACAAGUUAUUCAUCAUGGGAUCAGUCCUGUUACCUCAAACAGAAUCGCCAAAUUCGUAUCAGUCGACCUCUCGGGAAUUACUUGGUCCAUCUUCAGACUUCGGCUACAUUGAAAAUAACUAUGUUAGAAGCUCCCCAGGCUUCCAGGGUAGUCGUGUGCCGUCCGCAUCAAUGAGACGUGGAGAAUAUAUACCCAAUGGACAACGAACUCCUGCUAAUAGCGCCGGGCAUCAGGGCUAUCGCAUAUCUUCAGCGCCUACUUCACCGCAUCAGUUCGCUAUAAGCUUGCCGCAAUCAUCAUAUGCACCAAGGGAAACUUAUUACAGAAUCAACGCGCGACCUAGGCCAGAGCAGACCGAUUUUGCCGACAGGAACCAGUCGUACAUUAGGUCGGAACAGGGAACUCAGGACAAUGUUCAUGCGCAAAGAGACGUCGGUAGCUCCAAUCGUCGCUUACGAUCGUUUACCACGAGACUAAAAGAAAAGAAUACGAGACGACAGCUUACCACACUUGCCAUAUCUGCUAUUUUCCUAAUCCUAGCCCUUUCUCUUUUUUUUGCGUUCGCUGUCUCCAAAUCGCACCUAGGCCACGAACUUCAUAUACUUUUGAUAUUUAUGAUUCUGAUCCUUAUUGUUGUCUUUUGUCACUCCCUCAUCCGAUUUUCAAUGAAGGUUUUGCGAGGUUCCAGAUCUGCUGUGGCUAUGAAUCGGAUACCAAGCAGGGCGAGGCCAACUGGCUACGCUCAGCCAGAGUAUCCCAUUCAUGUUACUCUCGCUGGGGACGAGGAGAUUUUGACUGAAAACAAUGGUGCCAGGCGGAGGAAGGUCACGCCCCCGCCUCCAGCGUAUGGCCUCUGGAGAAGUAGCGUUAGAAUUAAUCCAGACUUACUAUAUUGGCACCGUGUAGCCAGCAAUGCCCCCUCUUUGCCGCAACAUGCAAACGAGGCACAAGGUUUGGGCGGCAAGACCCCAUUACCACGGCCCCCCAGCUACACUUCUGACAAUGGUAUCGAUUAUGUGAUUGAAGCACAACCCCGAUCGCUUACCCAAGGCCCUUCUGCUGAAUGACUAGGACGUCAAUGAUAGUCUUUAUGUGGAGCUAGUCGCCACCUCAUCUGAUGUCGUUCAUUCUUUACGUUUCUACAAGAACCAAUUUCUUUGCCCGCCACAUCAUCACCAUAUGCAUAUUAGCUAUCAUUUUGUUAAGAUAUAUCGGGAGGUUCGUUGGGUGUUACAAUAUUUGUCUUGAGCGGGAGUUAUCAGGGCAGAAAAGUAAUUAACCAUACAUAGCAGUGCUGGUCAGUCUAUAGUCAUCAUGUUC